AUGAUGGACGCCAUGGCCGAUCCUCAAGGCUCAGCAUCAGGCGUGCACUCGCUAUUCUGGGAUAUGGAGAACGAGGGCAUCCAGCCUACGGAGACGAUUUGCAAGAGUGCGCUGGUCGCAUUGGCCGUCCAUCCCGAUUAUACACUACGCGAACAAGUCAUCUCCAUUAUGCAAGAGCAUUGGUUCAGCAGAGACCAACACGCGAAUGAGCAUAUUCUCUUGGGGUUGCUUCGCGACAAGCAGUACGAAUUGGCCUAUGAGAAGUUAUUUCAGAUGGUUGAAAGUAAAGUCCAUGUGACCCUUUGGGUUUUCGAUAUUUUUAUCCUUGUCUUUGGACAGCAGGGCUUUCUGGACGAGAUGCUGCAGCUAUUUCUUCGGCGCAAGCACGCCAAAGGGUCCGAUGCCGCCAUUUCUAACCUGCUUUAUUUUAUCCUCGAUACCUGCAGCCAGGUCUUCCAUUAUCAGGGAACAGUCUUCGCUUGGAACUCCGCGUUCCGCACCGGAGACCUCCAGGCACCCGACGGCGUGCUGGAGAAUGUUUUGGCCACAGCGGCGAAGCAAGGAGAUGUCGAUCUUGCUACUGAGGUAUACGGCAUAAUAUCAAGCCGCCGCAAAGUCCAAAUUCAUCACUACGAAGCUUUGGCGGAGGCAUUUAUGAAUGAUGGAAAUAUGGCCUCGACGCUCUCCAUUUUCAACAUCAUGCACCGCGACGGCGUGCCCUUGUCGCGGGGAGGAACAAGAGGGCUCGUCCAACUUCUACUCAAGGAUGCGAGCCUCAUAAGCGAACUAGAAGCCGCGGUUAGGGCGACGGCCAAGGACAGCCAAGUCCCACCCGCCAUAGUUGCCGUCCUGGUCGAGGUUGUUAGUAACCUCCAGGGGAGCGAGGCUGCCAUGGAGCUCUACCAGGAUAUCGAUUCUCUAACUGGAGAGCCCCCUGACGUCUUUACCAUGCAAAACAUGAUUGUCAACAGCCGGAGCACAGCCACUACACGAACCCUGCUAGACAGCUACAAGAAAAGGUUCCAUGGUAACGGAGAUCCACCACUGAGACUAGAGCAAGUCAAUAACCAAAUAAUUGCGAAAUGCUUGGAACUAGGCGAGCUGGACAUGGCCAUGAGUUAUGCCCUCCAGGCACUCGAUGCUCGGAGAACGGAAGAGUACCCCUGGCUAAGGCUCCUUGCGCAGGAAGCAGUCGCAAAAGAAGAUACGCGUGUGUGGGAAAUGAUGGACAAGCUGGAGGAGGCGAAGAACCAGGAUGCCCUUGAGAUCGUCCAAAGAGUGAUACGCCUGAGGAGCAUGAAGAGGAAAUGGGACGAGCGACAGGAUACGAGGUCAGCAAUUGGCCGAUGA